AUGACUCAAACCCCUGGUCUGGCUGAUCCUGCUCAUCCCACCUUAGCGGAUCCCUCUUUAUUCAUUUAUCAUUCCCCUCAUGGUAUACUAGUUUUGUUACUUUACGUUGAUGAUAUGUUGCUUACAGGUUCAAGUCCAUCAUUUCUAAACCUCCAUCGCGAAUUUGCUAUAAAGGAACUAGGCAGCAUUCAUCACUUUCUUGGGAUGAAAAUUUCACCUAACUCUGAUGGCCUACAUGUGUCUCAAACCCUAUACGCUCUUACACUUCUAGAUAGGACUUAUAUUAUUGAUAGCAAACCAAUGAGCACUCCUCUAGAAACAAAAUUCAAUAAUACCACUGAUGAUACUCCUCUUGCUGAUCCUAGUUUUUACAGUAGUAUUGUAAGGGCACUUCAAUAUUUAACACUCACACGACCUGAUCUUGCAUUUAGCGUUAACCUCGCCUCUCAAUUUAUGCAAGCUCCUUGCAAUUCACACUUAAAAAUGGUCCGAUGCAUCUUGCGCUAUGUUAAAGGGACACUUUCUUUUGGACUACAAUUCUUCUCACGGUCUAUUCUUGAUCUCUUUGCUUUUUCUGAUGCAGAUUGGGCCAGAUGUCCCACAACUAGACGUUCUACCACUGGAUACUGCACUUUUCUUGGUCAAAAUCUUCUUUCUUGGCGUGCAAAAAAAUAG